AUGAAUCAAAAUGAAUUUUUAGCUCAUCUGGAAAACCUGUCUUGGUAUGAUACUGUAAUUGAAAAUAAUAUCCACAAAAAAGUUCAACAGUUUAGUAGUAUGUUGCUUGACGCUUUUGAAAUACAUGCACCUUUAAAGUUAAUUAGGCUAAAACGAAAACCAACACCAUGGAUUACAGACAAUAUAAAAUUAAUGAUGACACUCCGCGACUCUGCUCAUAAUCGUGCCAAUACUUCAGGAAAGGAUUCGCACAAUGACUAUUAUAAAAGUCUCAGAAACUUAGUAAACAGCGCAAUCAAUAGAGAAAAGUCAGCUUAUUUUACGUUUUUCAUUAACAAAAAUCAGGGUAAUCCAAAAACUAUGUGGAGCCAUCUGAAGCGAAUAUCGCCCGUGGGGAACCAAUCAGGACAAAUAUGCAUACCAUCACACCUCUGUGACCCCGAUACUAUUAAUAACUAUUUUAUAGAAGUGCCAGGAGAUAAUGAAAUAGAUAAAAGUACUUUUAAUUACUUCAAUAGCAACCGAUUAAAUAACACUGAAUUUAAUAUAACAACCGCAACAGAAUCUGAGGUUUAUAAAGUAAUUACAGCAAUUGGAACUAAAGCCAGUGGACACGAUUUAAUUAAUAUAGAUAUGGUUCGUAUAUCUUUACCGGUAACAUUACCUAUAAUAACAGGAAUAAUAAACGAAUCCAUUAAUACUAAGAUCUUUCCAGAUCCUUGGAAACUGGCCAAAAUUAAACCUAUUCCUAAGAGUCCAAAUGUACAGGAAAUUAAUAACCUUAGACCAAUCAGCAUUUUACCUACACUUUCCAAGAUAUUGGAGAGGGUAGUAUGUUCACAGCUAACGAGAUAUCUAGAAGAUAAUCAUAUUUUACCAGAAACACAAUCCGGGUUUCGUCGAGGGUAUGGUACGGAAACAGCUCUGCUGCACGUCACGGAUGAUAUAACUACAGCUUCUGAUAAAGGUAAGGGUAGUAUAUUGGUGCUAUUGGAUUUUACUAGAGCUUUCGCCUGCAUAAACCAUGAUAUACUUCUGGCAAAACUGUCAUACUACGGAGUAUCGGAGGCAACAUGUAAAUGGUUUUACUCAUUUUUAUCAAAUAGAAGUCAAUAUGUUGAAAUUAACACUGACCAAGGGGAAGUAAUGCAAUCAAGUAUAAGAAGAACGUCCAGAGGCACUCCGCAAGGAUCUAUCUUAAGUCCUAUUCUAUUCAUACUGUUUACAGCGGAUAUUAGCAAAGUAUUAAAACAUUCUAAAAUACAUCUGUAUGCCGACGAUACUCAAAUUUAUCAUUCGUUCAAGCCAGAACAGACGGAAAAUGUAGUCAUGAAGUUAAAUGAAGAUUUGUCGGCAAUCCUCCAAUGGGCAAAAAAAAUGGUCUAA